AUUUACAAAACUUGCAUCCAAGCUCCUUUGGUUUAUACGAUCUGUAAGAGCUAGCAAUGGAAGGGUUCCCCAUCUCCUACAAUUUCACUCGUCUUGUUUUGCUUCUGACAUGGAGCUUGAUCGUUUAUCUCUACUACUCUUUCUGGUGGAGGCCCGAGCUAAGGCUUAGAAAGCAAGGAAUCAGAGGUCCCCCGCCUAAUUUUUUACUGGGAAACAUUCCAGAAAUUAAGCAAGCUAUAGUUCAGAAUAGAAGUGAAAGUACUCCAAGCAUAGAAGGCGACAGUUUUUCAGGUUUCCCAAGUUUCAAGCAGUGGUGCAAGAAAUAUGGUAACACGUACAUGUUUAAACUUGGGACGUUGCACUUCUUGUACGCCACUAAUCCUUUCAUGGUGAAGGAAAUGAAACUCUUUAGAUCGUUGGACCUGGGAAAACCUGCUUAUCUACAGAAGGACAGGGGAGUUUUGUUAGGCAAAGGCAUUAUUACAACAAAUGGACCGGCUUGGUCUCACCAGAGAAAGAUUUUAAGCCCCCGGCUCUCUGUGGACAAGGACACUUUGAACAUAAUUGUUGAAUCUGGUAGCACUGUGAUUAAAUCAUGGGAAAGAAUAUUAAUGGAAUCCAAGGAUGGAUUAGAUGCAGAUAUCAUGGUGGAUGGCCACAUGAGAAGCUUCACCUCCUGCAUAAUCUCAAAGCUUAUGUUCGGGCAUGAUCAUUGUAGAGGAAUGAACGUAACUGCAAGGUGUCACACUCUUUUUAAGGCAAUGGGAACAGCAACGACAAUUGGGAUUCCAUUCUUGAGAUAUCUUCCUACUAAAGCAAAUAGAAAUGCUUGGAGAUUGGCAAAGGAGAUCCAUUCGAUGAUUUUGGACAUAGCCAAGGACCGCUGUGGAUCUAGCACAACUAAGGACAUAUUGCAAGUGAUCUUGGAAGGUUCCGAAAAUGAUGGGCCUGGUCCAUCAAAUGCUCAUGAGUUCAUAGUUGAUAACUGCAAGGAUAUGUUGCUCGCUGCCUCUGAGGGGACUGCUAUUUCUGCAAUGUGGGGUUUAAUGCUGUUAGCUUCAAAUCCUGAAUGGCAAGCUCGUGCCCGGUCCGAAGUUAAGCAAGUCUGUGGUGGUCAUCUCCCGAAUUUCAAUAUGCUUGGCAAGAUGAAAGUGUUAAAGAUGGUGAUAUUAGAGGUGCUGAGGCUUUACCCGCCAGUGGCGUUGGUAUCAAGGCGAGCCCUGCAAGAUGUGAAGCUUUGUGAUAUGCAGGUUCCAAAAGGUGUAAACAUUUGGAUAUGGGCACCAGCAUUGCACCGCGACCCUGACCUUUGGGGGCCUGACGCAGACAAGUUCAAUCCUGAAAGGUUCAUUGACGGAGUUUCAGGUGCAUGCAAGUCUUCACAUGCCUAUAUACCUUUCGGAGUUGGGGCUCGGCUGUGUCCCGGCAAUAAAUUAGGGAUGAUACAAUUGAAAGUCUUGCUUGCUAUGAUCUUAUCCAAUUUCAAUCUUAGCAUCUCCACAAACUAUCGUCACUCCCCUACGUUGGGUUUGCUUUUGGAGCCCGAGCACGGUGUUAAUCUUGUCAUUCAGAAGAUAUGAGUCCUGAGGGUAGACAGCUCAAGGAUGCUUAGAAUAAAAUAGUAAAUUAAAAUGAAUAAACUGGUGGCCUGAACUUGUAAAGCUUUGCCAACUAAGGCAAACAGACAAAUAGCUAGAGAUGAAAGCCACUUCUUCAAUGUGUAUCGUCCUCUAAUGUACAAGAUGAUAAUAUAUAAUAAUAAGAUAAAAAUGAAAACUCGAGUAACCUAAAUACAAG